CGGGGGGCCGCGGGGCCGCUGUGUGUUUGCUGCCCGUGACCGCUCGCUUCUCUCUCUCCAGAAAAGCACCGGGGAUUCGCCUUCAUCGAGUUUGAGCUGGCAGAGGAUGCAGCAGCAGCUAUUGACAACAUGAAUGAGUCUGAGCUCUUUGGCAGGACAAUUCGUGUGAACUUGGCCAAACCAAUGAGAAUUAAAGAAGGAUCAUCCAGGCCUGUCUGGUCGGAUGAUGACUGGCUGAAGAAGUUUUCAGGAAAGACUUUGGAGGAAAACACAGAGGAGGGAGGAGCAGAAGCCCCCAAACCAGAGGUGCAGGAGGGUGAGCCUCCUGCCAAGAAAUCCCGGGUCAACCCUCAGGUUUACAUGGACAUCAAAAUUGGAAACAAACCUGCGGGGCGGCUGCAGAUCCUCCUGCGCUCAGACGUGGUGCCCAUGACCGUAGAGAAUUUCCGCUGCCUCUGCACCCAUGAGAAAGGCUUCGGCUUCAAAGGGAGCAGCUUCCACCGCAUCAUCCCCCAGUUCAUGUGUCAGGCUGGCGACUUCACCAACCACAACGGCACCGGAGGCAAAUCCAUCUACGGGAAGAAGUUUGAUGAUGAAAACUUCAUUCUCAAACACACGGGGCCAGGGCUGUUAUCGAUGGCAAACUCUGGCCCAAACACCAACGGCUCCCAGUUCUUCAUCACUUGUGAUAAAACAGACUGGCUGGACGGGAAGCACGUGGUGUUCGGGGAGGUGACGGAGGGCAUGGACGUGGUGCGACAGAUCGAGGCUCAAGGCACCAAAGACGGGAAACCGAAGCAGAAGGUGAUUAUUUCAGACUGCGGGGAGUGCCCGUGAGCUCGGCUCUUGGAGGGGGCUGGAUGGGGUGACCCUGGGCCCCCAGCAGUGUCCAGCUCCUGCGACUUCUGUCGAAAUCCCCCUGCAAAGCUUCAUGUGAGUGUGCCUGCGGGCAGCGCUGCGGGGCCCCCACCCGCCCCAGGGGAGGUGGAAGGUAGAUCGCUUCUCUGCCUGCCCUGCCCUCUGCUGCCCUGAGCAGGGCAAGGCUGGUUCUGCUGCUGUCUUCUAGAAAGUAUGUUUGGUAAAAAUAAAACCUAGUUUUAAAAA